AUGUCCAUUGCAAGAUGUACACUUAGUAAGAUACGUGAGUGGGUUCUAGUUAUCUUAGCCCCUGAGGUUACCUUCCUGCGAGCGACCGGUCAGCUCGCAGAGGCGAGAAAUUUGCAGAAAAUCUGCAACAAGGCACAGAAAACACGAGACACGGAAUCAUCAGAGCCAAAACUAUGGCUAUCACAACGGGCUAGGCCGCUUGAACAAGUCCAAGACUUAGAUCACGUGGAUCUACAUCCUGUCCACACCGAAUGGACGCUCCGUCAAUGCUUCUGUGUCAUCGCUGGCGGACUAGUGUUGCAGACACAGGAUCAAUGGAUCUACACAAUACAGCCCCACAAAAUAGAACCUCUCAUCCAGGCCGGUAUGGUCCACUGUUCAGACUUUCGAGACCAGGAUAUCGAAGAUCGAGCGAAAGCAGACUCGUUUGCGAAGUUCUUUACCGUCCUUCAAAGCACCUGGUUUUUAUGCAACGUCAUCACAAGAUGGGCGUACGAUCUACCGGUAUCCCCCAUCGAAUUGUCAACUCUUGCCUAUGUGAGCUGUGCUAUUUUAAUAUAUGGGGUAUGGUGGUAUAAGCCCAAAGACAUGGGCACGUCUAUCGCAGUUAAUCUACGAUGUAACCGUGAUGAUAUACCUAUUGAGGUACGCAAUAUGAUAGAGGAUAAUUCCACCGGAUGGGUUCAUGUGCGUGCUCUCGUCAACGAGGAUAACUGGGUGUCUGUCUUCUGGAAGACCGUUCGAACGCCUUUCUUACGCAGAGAUAUUGAACGUCUCGAGACAAUCAAUGAGGGAGGUGGUAAUGAUCUUCUCAAAGAGCCAUUUGAAAUCUUUAUCUUUGAUGUGAUAUGCAGUCUCACUGCUCUUCUUUACUGCGGGAUUCAUGUGGCCGCGUAA